AUGAUAUCCCUACCAGGCCUCAACCUGGCCUCGCAGCCCAUCGAACCUCUCAACGUCCCUACAUCGACCGCUACACGAACUCAAGAUCUCUCCGCCAAUACCGAAUACCGCUUCGAAGUCAGCUUCUCUCGCACUCUCACAGUCAAGCUUCAGUCGGGAACCGCAGAGUUCUUUGGCACAGAGCUCGCACCUGCCACCACAUACACAUUCCAAGGCACAAAAGGCGCUAUAUUCACAUGGCAUGGCUGCAAACUUGAGAUUGGUGGUGAGGUUGAGUCAGACUAUGUCGCGGAAGAGACGCCUAUGAUGAGCUGUGCGAACCUGCAUUUCGCGCUGGAGAACCUCAGGGACAAGAGCGUGAGCAGUGGAAGCGUCGAGAUGGGCCCGAGAGUGCUCGUUGUGGGGCCCGAAAACUCGGGCAAGACCUCACUUAUCAAGACAAUGACGUCUUACGCGGUGAAAAGCGGGAGGCAACCAAUGGUAGUGAACUUGGAUCCGCGACAGGGCAUGCUCAGCGUGCCGGGCUCCUUUUCAGCAGCAGCAUACUCAUCCAUCGUUGACAUCGAGGAAGGGUGGGGGAGCAGCCCAAUUUCAGGGCCGAGUCCCAUUCCUGUGAAGAUGCCACUAGUAUAUCACUACGGGCUCAAAGACCCAGAGGAGGGCAAAGCGUUCAAGCCUCUGGUAACACGCAUGGCAUUGGCUGUCACAAGUAGACUGGAGGAAGAUAAUGCGAGCAAACAGGCUGGCUUCAUCAUCGAUAGCUCGGGCGCCAUUAGCCAAGGGAAGAAUGGCGUCUACGAGAACAUAGAACACAUUGUUUCUGAGUUUUCUGUGAACGUCCUAAUAACCCUUGGCUCCGAACGAUUAUACUCGGACCUCGCGCGCAAGUUCUCCAACCAAGUCCGCGACCCCUCCGAAUCCGUCUCGGUCAUUCGUCUCGAGAAAUCCGGCGGCUGCGUCGACCGCAGCGAAGAAUACAUGAAGGCCCUCCGGCACGCACAAAUCCGAGAGUACUUCUUCGGCAAGGGCGACGAGACGCUCGCGCCGAGUAGUCAGAUGGCCGAUUUCGGGGACCUGAAUCUAUUCAAGCUGGUCCAAGAAAGCGACAAUGCGGAGUACAGACCGGGAGACUACGACGCGUCGUCAAGUCCGAUAUACGAGAAGAUUACGCCGUCGGCAGCGUUGCAGAAUAAAUUGCUUGCUAUUACGACGGCGAGCCCGAAUGAGAGGCAAGAAGUUAUCCGCGAUUCUAGUAUCAGGGGGUACAUCUAUGUGGCGGAUGUGGAUGAGGCCAAGAAGAAGGUGAAGCUGUUGAGUCCGCAGCCGGGACAGACACCGGGGAAUGCUAUGGUACUGGGGAGCUGGCCAGAGGAUAUCCCAGGGUUGGUCAGUUAA